CCUAAGCUGUGCCCCUCCUGAGUGCUGAGCUCCCACGGCUGGGAAUUUGGCUGCACCCCGCUCUCCGCGGGCCGCCCAAGCACUGCUGAUCGAAUAGGCCAGUCAAUCGAUCGGCUGGACAGAGGCAUUUUGGAGGCAGCUGAGAGCAGGGUGGAGUUUCCAUGUUAGAGCCCCAAGAGCAGGAGUGGACUUUACCAGAGGAUAGCACUAUGGUGAGGAACGUUGAUGACUUCGAUUUCUCCCUCCCAUCCCACCCCCAGGCCAUCCUGGAAGGCCUGCGGAGCCUGCGCUCCAAUCCAAAGCUCUCCGACGUCACGCUGCUUGUGGGUGGGCAUGAGUUCCCCUGCCAUCGCAGCAUCCUGGCCCUCUGCAGCCACUACUUCAAUGCCAUGUUCACUGGUGACUUUAUUGAGAGCAUCUCAGCCCACGUGGAGCUCAAAGAGGUGGAUCCUGUUGUCAUGGAGACUCUGAUCGACUUUGCUUACACAGGAAAGAUCACCAUCAAUCAGGGGAAUGUGGAGGCACUAAUCCGGACCUCCAACCAGCUCCACUUCCCCACCAUCCGGAAAGUCUGCAGCCGCUACCUGAGACAGCAGAUGGAUGCAACCAACUGCCUGGGCAUCUGUGAGUUUGGGGAGAACCAUGGCUGCCCGGAAGUGUCCUCAAAGGCCUGGGCUUUCCUGCAGGAGAACUUUGAGGCUGUAUCGCACCAGGAGGAGUUUCUCCAGCUAUCCAAGGAGAGGCUGGUAAUCUAUUUGUCCAAUGACCUGCUGCAGGUACAGGAAGAACAGAGCCUAGCUGAGGCUGUGCUUAGGUGGGUGAGGUAUGAAGAAGCAUCUAGAGCCAAGCACCUGCCAGAGCUCCUACACCUGGUGCACCUGGCUUCACUACCAGACCAGUACUUGCAGAACCUACUCUCAUUGGAGCCGCUGAUCCAGGAUUCGGAAGCUUGCAAAGCCAUCAUCUCCAGCUACCGAAGCACGGAGAAAGCUGCAGUGAAGAUGAAAGGAACAUUUCUGAACGUGCCGGAUCUUCAGGUGGAAAACGGGUCCUUUGUCCAGAAGAACCUGCUCGCCCUUCCACAGAAGCUGGAGGAAGUGCUGGUGGUGGUCGCGGGUCGAGCUCUGGAAGAGAAUGAAGCGGAAGAUGUGGAGUUGCCAGUCUCCCGGAACUUCGCCUUUUACAAUCCCAAGACCAAAAGAUGGAUGGCUCUUCCUGACUUUCCGGACUACAAUAAAUGGGGCUUUUCUCUGGUGGCACUAAAUAAUUAUGUUUACGUAACAGGUGGCUCCAGGGGAACGCAGAAUGACACCUGGUCCACAACCCAGUCCUGGUGUUUCCGUCUCAAGGAGGGUGCAUGGAAACCCAUUGCACCAAUGCUGAAACCCCGAACAAACCAUGCCAGUGCUGUCCUCAAUGGGGAGAUCUAUGCCAUUGGGGGGACUACAGUGGACACAGUGGAGGUGGAGUGCUAUGACCCUUAUAAUAAUAGCUGGUGCCCCAUCAGCCCUGCCCUGAAGUAUGUUAGCAACUUCACUGCAACUGGAUGUCUUGGGAAGCUCUACCUCAUUGGCUCUUGUGCUAUCAAGUACAAUGCACUAACCCUGCAGUGUUACAACCCUGUCAUAGAUAUGUGGAGUGUAAUUGCAUCCCCAUUCAUUCCGAAGUACCUCUCUGCCCCGCGCUGUGCCUCCUUGCAUGGAGCAAUUUACCUCAUUGGGGACAACACAAAGAAGGUGUAUGUGUAUGAUCCGGAUGCUAACAUCUGGCAGAAGGUGCAGCUGCUUCACACUCUGCAUGAAAAUGGAGGCAUGGUGCCACUGGGAGGCAAACUCUUUGUGACAGGUGGACGCUGGAAGGGCCUGGAUGGUGACUACCGGGUGGAGAUGGAAGUUUAUGAUUGUGCCAAAGAUAUUUGGACAAGAGCGGGAGCCCUACCCUGCCUCUGGCUCUACCACAGCUCUUCCUCCAUCUUCAUGGAUACGUCGAAGUGGACAGAGCCCUUCCUGGGAAACCAUGUCCAGUAGGAGAGGCUGGGACCUCACCCAAGGCUUUAAUGGUCCUGCCCAGGAUUUGGAAGGACAAAGUGAUGGUUUAUUUGUUUGAAUUAUCACCAUUUUUGCAUGUAUUUUUGCCUUCACAUUUCAUGUGGACCUUGGAUUAGAGCAAUGGUCACCAACUGACUGGUCGAUCCUGAAGCUUCUGACAGUUGAUCAUGAUCUCUGGCUGCUAAAAGUCUGGCAGUGCAGCAGGACUAAGGCAGGCUCCCUUCCUGCCCAGAUCACAGCC